AUGGACAAAUAUCUUCGUAAUUGGCGACAAGACGCCUUAAACAAGGGCCAACACGAUGCAGCAAUCUAUAUUGGCGACAAAGUGCUGGCAUUGAGCAACUCUGAUGGAGAUGCGUUCUGGCUGGCUCAAGUCCACUUCUCCAACAACAACUACACCAGAGCAUUGGCAAUUCUCUCGAAGAAAGAUCUCAUUAAUAGGAGUCUUUCAUGUCGCUAUUUAGCAGCCCACUGCUACAUCAAGCAGGGUCGAUACGAGCAAGCCUUAAUUCUACUUGGCGAGGAUAAUCCUAUACACCUGAUCCAGUCUGUGCAACAUAAUGCAAGGAGAAAGCUUGCGCAUACGAAUGGCUUGGGCAGGCACAUUACCCAGAGAGGUCGUGGAGAGAGGGACAGGAUAGAAUACAGCGAAGAGAGGGAACGAGACCGCGAGCAAGAGAAGGAAUUGAAGUUCCAAGCAGGCAUGUGCUACUUAAGAGGCCUUUGCUGGUCAAAGAGGAAUGCUUUCGACAAGGCCAAAGACUGCUUCAUGGCUGCCGUUCGCAUCGAUGUCCAAUGUUUCGAAGCAUUUGACCAACUCAUGAAGAACUCUUUACUCACACCAGCCGAAGAAAUUCAAUUUCUCAAUGAGCUCGACUUCGACAGCAUACGAACCGAAGAACCUGCACAAGCACAGGAAGCCGCUCAUUUAACAAAGCUGUUGUACACGACUAGACUCUCCAAAUACUCUUCUCCUCAAACCAUGACAGAUGCCACCGAGACCCUAGCAACCCAUUACAACUUGGCUGACAAUCCAGACCUUAUGCUCACCCAAGCCGAAACUCUCUACACACAAUGUCGUUUCCACGAAGCCUUGGCGAUUACUACUCAGAUCCUCAAUUCCUCCUCCAAUGCAGAAAGAGAAGACCUUGAUCAGAAUCCUGAUGUUAUGGCCUCAUUGGGGCAUGCACCGAAUCUCUAUCCCCUUCAUAUUGCCUGUUUGUACGAGACUUCACAACACAAUACCCUCUUCCACUUGUCACACACAUUAUCUCUACACGCUCCACACGAGUCAUACACGUAUCUUGCAAUAGCUACCUAUUACCUAAGCACCGCACGUAUCCCUGAGGCACGUCGGUUUUUUAGCAAAGCCAGUCUGAUGAACCCUCAUAGUGCAGAGGCUUGGAUUGGAUUUGCACAUACCUUUGCAGCCGAGGGGGAACACGAUCAGGCCAUCGCAGCUUACAGCACCGCUAGCCGGCUAUUUCAGGGCAGCCAUCUGCCUAGUCUAUUUCUCGGCAUGCAACAUCUGGGCUUGGGGAACAUGACACUAGCGUGGGAAUACGUACUGCAUGCAUUCUCUAUGUCUUCGGGUGCUGGCUCGGUUUCUGCAGCAUCAUCAGUAACUGCCUCAAGAGCGAAGACCGAGGAAGAUACGAAUCGCCUCAACCAGCUUGUCUUCACGCAACCGCACGCACUCAAAGGUGAUCCCCUCGUCAUCGGUGAGCUAGGUGUGAUCUUGUAUCAUCAAACAAAUCUCAAUGUUGCAGCUAAGCUGUUCAAGCGCGGUCUUGAGCUCGCUGCCCAACUAGGCUGCGAUAUGAGUGCAUGGGUCGCGGUCAGAGGCAACCUAGCUCAUGCAUUACGAAGAAUGGGACGAUAUCAGGAAUCGCUGGAUCAAUUUGACGAAUGUCUCCGACAAUUGACUGGAGGUGCCUCGUCGAUUCUAUCAGGUUUAGGUAAGAACUUUACAAGCAUGAAUCUCAGUGUUGACAGUGGCGCAAUCUCGACCGGGUUGACAGCGCAUUCUGUAAGCGCAGGCUACGAACAGCGGAAUUUGCUGGCAGCAAUCCACACUGCUCGUGGUUUGGUACUGUUGAGCAUGAUGAGUCGGACCAGAGAAGCAGUAGAAGCUUUGCACGAAGCUGUACGGAUUUCAGGUGGAGAUGCUGGUGGUGGUGGUAUGGCUGGAACCCUGCUGACUCGAGCAAUGGAAGUUUGGGCUGCAGAGCAAGACAACGAGGAUGACGCGGAAGACGCUUUCAGUGAGGACGAAGACGACACUGAGCAACCUCAACACCACGCCACGUCGCGAGCCGGAACAGGUAGAGACUUCCAGCAGCCAGGCAUACAUGCAGAUCUGGACAUGAACGAUCUCAUUUCCAGAAAGUUGGACAAAGACGCGGAAAAUCUACUGGACGGAAUUCUAAUGCCAAGCUAUUCGAAAUAUGGCAGGCAGCCAAGUGAAGAGAUACCAGUUCAGAGUGGGCACAAUCUUGGACGUAGGAGAGCUCCUGGUGAGCAAAGUUUCGAGGUUGAGGUACAGGAGCCAAGUCAAUCGUGGUCUACACGAGCACGACGCGAGCGCUGA